GUUAGUCACUUACUCGCUUGGGGGUUCCAAUUUGUCAAUGUAAAUUGUACAAAUUUAGAGGGUAAAACAGCAUGGGACAUCUUGCAAGGACAAACACAAGUAAAUAGUAGAGAGAUCCGGCUUAUGCUACACAGUGCUGGGGCUUUAUCAGGUGUAUCUCUUUUUUCAAAUACUCAAAGUGAUGAUAAUAACAUUGAUGAAUUUUACAACUUAAUUGGAGAGGAUGUACAACUUUUGGAGCACAUUGAGGAGCUACCAUUUGUUAAUACUCCUUUACACAUAGCUGCAUCUUAUGGGAACAUCCAGUUUGCCCUGGAGAUGAUGAGUUUAAAGCCCUCAUUUGCAAGGAAACUAAAUCAAAAUGGGUUUAGCCCUAUUCACCUCGCUCUAAGGAAUAAGUAUACCAAGCUGGUGGGUUGGCUUCUACAAAUUGAUGGGGAUCUUGUUCGUGUCAAAGGAAGGGAGCGUCUCACUCCCUUGCAUUAUGUAGUAGAAAACGAUGAGUACCUUAAUCUAUUGGACAAAUUUCUAUUAUUUUGUCCUGAUUCAAUUACAGAUAUGACGGUGCGAAACGAGACGGCUUUGCAUAUUGCCCUUAAGUAUAACAGGCUCGAGGCAUUUCAAUUCUUGGUGGGAUGGCUUGCAAAUAAUUCUUCCAAAAAUGCUGAAUUUAAUGAAAGAAAAUUUUUGAACUGGCAGGACAAUGAAGGCAAUACUGUGUUGCACAUUUUAGUAUCAAAAAAUCAAACCAAGGCUGUGAGACACUUCCUCUCUAGGUGUAAGGAAUUUGUGGAGGUAAACUGUAAGAAUUUAGUGGAUAAAACAGCAUGGGACAUGUUGCAAGAAGGCAACACACAGAUUAGGGAUAUGCUACGCCGUGCUGGAGCUAAACCGGGUUCAUCUCUUUCUACAUUUAAUGGGUGUCCAAAUCCAGAGUACCAAAGGCUGUCACCAGUUUUUAUGUUUAAGAGUUUAAGACGUGAAAUAAGGAAUUUUACAGUGGAAUGGCGCAAUAUGCUUCUGGUGGUUGCAGUAUUGCUUGCAACACUCAGCUAUCAAGCGGUACUUACCCCUCCUGGUGGAGUUUGGCAAGAUAAUGGUCUGUGCAUUACCACAGAACCAGGGAGUAGUUAUCAUCAGUUUUCUCCCUCCAACUUUUUCAAAAAGAUUCCUCCCUCCAAUAAAACAGUAGGCAGCAGUAAUUAUCCUAAAAUCAUUUAUCUGAGUCAGUCCAAUACCACAUUAGCGUGUGAACACAAAGCAGGGACAGCCAUUGCUUUGGAAGAUCGCCUUUUUCCGCUGUUCCUCAUCUGUAAUACCGCGCUAUUUUCGUUCUCAAACUCAUUAAUUAUUCUCCUCAUUCUACAUUUUCACGUUAAGAUUCUGUUCCUCGAACUCACUAUUUUCCUCUACUUAAGCUAUUCUUAUUCAGUCUGGACCAUAACCGAUGAUCCAAGUCUGACUCUUGCGUAUAUGUCUGGUGCGGUCCUUCACUUUGUUUUUAUACAGCUUUUAUCCCCGUCCCCAUGUAAUGAUCACACUUAGUGCAAUACCACAGCAGCAUACGGGACAUCCAUUGCUUUGGAAGGAACCCCUUCUCUGAUAUUCUUGAUUUAUGGUACUCGCACAUUUGUUUUGUUCUCAUAUUCAGUAAUUGUUCUCCUCAUUCCAGCUGGGUACAUUAAUUUCUUUGUAAUCAAUGCCUACUUCCUCUAGUUUUGUUAUUUUUC